AUGUUGCUAAGAAGGUUUCGUGGUCUAGUUGGUUAUGGCAUCUGCUUAACACGCAGAACGUCCCCAGUUCGAUCCUGGGCGAAAUCAUCUUUUUUUUUUGUUCGAUUAAAGUUACAAAGUUACAAUUACUUAUAUCUUUUCUAA